ACCUAGUAUCUCUGAGACCACCGCCAUACCUAUUUUUUAACAAAUCACCGGUAGCAUCAAGCUUGCUCCAGCCUCAACGGUCCCCCCAAGUACUUCUUUCUUUUACCUUUCAACACACCCGUAUCAAAAAUGGAUUCAACAUCCACCACUGUCGCACUUGUCAUUAGCUCCGCGGUUGCCAUCGUUGUAGGCUUGCUUGUCAUCGGCUUCCAUCUCCGCAAGUGCUAUCGCGAGAGGCACCAACGACAGGUCAUCCACGGCCAGACCGACCUCGAAGGCGGCUUGCACCAACGCAUCCUCGAAGCCGAGUUGGAGACUGAACGUGGGUGGUCACGGAGGUCAGCAGCACAACGACGACGACAAGGACAAGGACAAGGACAACCUGCGGCGCCCACCACCACCAUCACAGAGCCACCGCCAGUGUACACCCCUGGCGCACUCCAACGUGAGAAUGAUGAUGAGGCUGAGCCCAGCCACGUCGGCGUUGCUGCUGAAUCAUCAUUAUCAUCGUCAUCAUCUCUUCGUCGAUCAUCUAGGUACAGGUUGGCCAUCAGGUCAAGCACCAUGACGACCUUUGAUGUCGAUUUCGAUGCCGAGAUUCUUGAGGAGAACGAGGAAGAGGAGGUGACAGUAUCAAAUGCGCACCUCCCACCUCCUUACUCUAGGCACGAUCCUCGAGUAGGACGUCUACCUUCUUACGGGAGUGUCGACGCCGCCGGCGCCGUCACCCCCGAAACCUCUGUGCGUCAAGGACGUACUGCCCGUGGACAACAACGACGACAACGAUGCACGGGUGGUGGUCCCGGGUCAUUCGUGGCCGGUGACCGUUCGGCAUUUUACUCUCGGAGACAGAUCAACUUGCGUGCCAUGCUAGAUGACAUCGAACGUGGUUAUCCCCACGUGCGUGAGGCGUUGUUCGCCGCGGGAGACGACGAAAGGCGAUGGAGUUGGUCGUCCUCCUCCUCCUCCUCCUCAAGUUCCUCCGGUUGAGUUGUUGCCCUUGAUGUUUGAAUGGCUAUGGGGUGGGGCACGGUGAAGGGUGGAAAAGGUGUCAUGAUGGGUGGUGGAUGGAGGAUCUUUGCCGGUUGUUGUUGUUUUUUUUGGUAUUUUGUUAUGAGUCGUCAUCCAGCUCUUCUACGAAUGUUACUGUAAUUUAUGAUUGAUGUGUGUCACGACAAAAGGAAUACUCCUCGGUCUUUGAAAAAAGGAAAAAAACAAGUCCCGUCGCAUUGUUGUUACGACAGUUCGUAUCGAGGUACCACCUCCCCACCAAGAGUGGUCGAAAUGAAG